AUGCUCGAUGCUCAAGUCGAUUCAACAGAAGAGAAUAAGCAAACACAACAACAACUUCUACAAAUGAUCAAUCAUCUCAAAAUAUUUCACGAUCAACAACAAUGUCAUGACUAUGUCACCUCAUUUUCUUCACAAGAUCGACUUGUCCUCAUUAUGAAAAGUGUGGUCACACGAACUAAAAAUCUGAUCGAUCAAAUCAAUGCAGACCAGAAAGGUCGAACGAAAACUGAAGAGCCACUUUCGAUCACUAUCUUCAAUGCCACUUGCAUUGCAGACCAGCCCACAAUUGGACUCAAUGGCCAUUUUGCUCACUCACAUCUUCUCAUCGAUGUUCUUCUUCAAAUAGAAUCAACGAACAAAGAUAAAAACCGGCUCAUUACACUUUACAAACAACACUUUCAUAACAACAAUAAAUAUCUCGCUACUGUAGAUGAAUUUGAGCGAGAACACUCAAGUAACAAGGUACUGCGAAUGCAAAACAUCGAUGUUUUGUUUUUACUUCGUUUUGUGAUCAAUGACAUUUAUCAGCAACUGAAGCAGCAUCAAUGUCAAUCAGCUGUUCGUGUUCAUCGAGGUCAAGUGAUGUCAACUGAUGAAUUGGAAAUCCUACGACGGUCCAUUGGUGAACUUAUAUCGAUCAACUGA